CCCACCUUCACCAUCACAACCCCUACCCUUCUCUCUCUCUCUCACUCUCACACGCACGCACUGAGAAAAGUAAAAAACACCAGAGACACCAUGCAAGAUGCGAUCUCGUACAAGCCCUGGCCGGCGGUAGGGUCUCUGCUCGGCGACAGGACGAAUCAGGCCGCCGGUGACGGAAAGGGCGGCGACGGCGGGCCCAAGCACGGAGGAGGAGGAGGAGGAGGAGGGGCAGGGAGGAGGCCAGACGGCAUGCUGGAGGUGGUGUCGGAGAACGCGCUCAUAGUGGUCGGGAGGCGCGGGUGCUGCAUGGGCCACGUGGUGAAGCGGCUGCUGCUGGGCCUCGGCGUGAACCCUGCGAUCUACGAGGUGGAUGAGGAGGACGAGAAGGGCGUGGCCGACGAGCUGGAGAAGAUCGGCGGCGGGGGGGAGGUCCAGUUCCCGGCUGUGUUCAUCGGGGGAAGGCUGUUCGGUGGGCUGGAUCGGGUCAUGGCCACUCAUAUCUCCGGGGAAUUGGUGCCCAUUUUGAGACAAGCCGGGGCCUUGUGGCUAUGAUAGAUAGAUAGAUAGAUAGGUGAAUGCGCAAAUCAAUACCCUGUCUUUUUCGUUUUUCCUCUUUCGUUUUUGGGUUUUGGUUCAUUCUGAUUGGGAAUUAGGUCAAAAAUCGACUGGGAAAAAUGCAAAAGCUCUCUCUUUUUCCCCGUUUUUCCGGUACCCAGAAAUUGAUGCGGCACGUAUGGAAGCAAUACAAAAAGAAAGUUUCGACUCCAAA